UUUUUUUUUAUUGCUCUGUGGUUGCUUAUCGAAAAAUCUGCAUCUUGCGUACGCUGCCGCUGUCAUGACAUAAAGCUGAUUAGACAGAUUUGAUCUCCAUGAAUCCCGGUUGACCGCGCCGAAAGUGCCAAAGUAGUGGUCGGACUCUCGGUGGUUCGGCGAUGGAGCAGCGCUCCAAGAUGGUCUGACUUCUUCGCCCCGAUAUCCGGUGACCAUUAGCCCAAUUUCAAUAAUCUAGGGUUCAACAACGUCGAAUGGAAGGCUCCGAUUCAUUAUCUCCAGCCAUUCUCGGUGGGCGGGUUUUCUUGCGUUAAACGUGCGAUGGUUGAGCAAGAAAUAGACCAGUGUUUUGUAUAUGAAGUGGAGAUUGGAGAAAGAAAACUCAGAAAACUUAUGAUGUAAAUAUGGAUUCUAACCCAACUGGAGCUGUUGCUAGCACAUCUGACGUACACGAGCUUCCCAUGGAAAUGAAUGAGAUGAAAAUUAGAGAGGAUAAAACUGAUGACCAUGAGGAUACAACUAAGAUAUUCCGAGCUUUGAAUUAUAUGCUUAGAGUUAUUGGCAUUUUUCAUCGGGACACUAGACUCUGGAAUCUUCUGGUAUGCAGUGGAUAUGGUCGCUUCAAAUUUAGCCCCCAUCAGCGUCAACUUCUUAACACAGGCUGCAAAAUGAUUGAGGAGAUGUCGACAGUGGCCAGAUUCUUCAACCAAAGGGACCAGACAUUGCUCAAGCUUUGAACUUGUGUCCGUGGGUAACCCUUUCUGUUGUGGCAAGGAGACUACAAGUACAAUUUGUAAUCUUCUGAAUAGGUGUAUUAUUAGUGAGUUUUGUUAAGUUUAUCAAUAAUUUUGAGCUUGUUUAUUUCAUCCACUGGUAACGUGAGCUCACACUCUUAGGGACACAUUUUAAGUCUUCUCCCCUUCUUGUCCUUUCGAAAAUAUUUGGCUAAGGUACUGUGCUCUUAUGUAUAAUUCAAAUUUUUAGUUAGUUUUAAGGUACGAGUACAUAUAAUUUUUACAGUUUCUUAGCUAUGAAUGAAAGAGCUAGAAUAAUUAUGAAUGCUUUGGUUCUAACUGUUAGACGAAGAAUUAUUGUCAAUAUUUGGAUU